GAGCCUGGUGCUGGUAGCGGCUCUGGCGGUUAGGGGACCAAUGUCGCUGCCGCUGCGGCCGCCUCCUCGCGGGCCGGAGCUGCGUCGCCCGGGCUGAGCUGCAGCCGCAAGCCGCAAGCCGAGCGGCCGCCGGGCUCGCCCGCAACACAGGAGGAUGGGUUGCGGCGGGAGCCGGGCUGAUGCCAUCGAGCCCCGCUACUACGAGAGCUGGACCCGGGAGACCGAGUCCACAUGGCUCACCUACACCGACUCGGAUGCUCUGCCCAGCGCCGCCGCCCCGGACAGCGGUCCCGAGGCGGGCGGCCUGCACGCGGGUGUGCUGGAAGAUGGACUGUCCUCCAACGGCGUACUCCGAUCUGCCGUCCCAGGGGGAAUAGCCAACCCAGAGAAGAAGAUGACCUGUGGGACACAGUGUCCCAACUCCCAGAGCCUCAGCUCAGGCCCUCUGACCCAGAAACAGAAUGGCCUUUGGCCCACAGAGGCUAAAAGGGAUGCCAAGAGAAUGUCUGCAAAAGAAGUCACGAUUAACGUUACAGAGAAUAUCCGACAGAUGGACAGAAGUAAAAGAAUCCCAAAGAACUGCAUCGACUAGCAGUGCCUGGAUGUAGGAGCCGAUGAACUCUUUGUGGAGCCCAGUCAAAGAAUCUUGAGGAAGAAGUGUCGCUUGCUAAACAUGGCCUCCUCUGCGUAUCUGUAGCGGUGGCUUGAACAGGCAACACACAGCCACUCGUGCUUUGAGGACCUUCUCAGCUUCCUGUUUAUCACAUGCAAAAAAAAAAAAAAAGGGGGGGGGGAUGGAAAAGUUCCGAAAUAUGUUCUGAAAUUGUCAAAAUGUGGUUUGUUUUUCCCUUUUGCAGCUUCUGUAGCCUGGUUAGCCAUGGUAGCCAUGGUGAAAUUCAUGUGUCUGUGAGUGACACAGACACGCAGGAGUAGUGGGUUUCCUGGGGUGGUCUUCAACAGGCCCCUUCUUUCCUCCUUUGUAAGAACAGCUCUCACAAAAUUUAAUGUUUCCACCGUGGAGCUGGCUCUCAUCCAACUCUAACCCAGAAAUAGAAAACCCGAAAAAAAACAGAAAAACUCAGUUUGAGAUAGAUCAAUCCCAGUGGCACACGUAGACGCCACCAGGGCCCGCAGAGUGUCUGUGAGAGGUGUCUGGGACAGUCACACCGGUUCAUCGUCUACCUGGAAAGGCCUCCCAGACUGGCAUCUGGACACUGGCCUCCAAACCAGAAUAUUGCGAUGUCUGUGGCCAUCGCAUCCAACCUGCCAGCCCCCUGGGACCUAGCUACAUGUGGCUUUUCCUCAUAGCUUUCCAGUUCCCUUUUAUUCUCAUGACCUCCAGUCAGGUCACGCACAAUUGUAAUCCAAGACUGGAUACCGCUCAUGGGAGGGAAGUGACCUAGGAAGACAGGGUGGUGCACGUGAUGUCCCUGUGGCCUGUCUGCAUACAGCCCCAAGGACUAAGGUUUCUGUAAAAUAAUUAGUUUUGGAAGCCAGAACAUGGUUGACGUAUAUUCAUGUUGACAUAAGAAAACAGGCAGCCAAGUGAAAUGAUUCUGGGAGAGGAAUAUUUUGUCCAGCAUUCUGAAAUACAUCUUCCUGCACAGGAUAACGGAGCACGAGUUUGAGAGGCCUGUUAAUGUGCUGGGGCUUAGGCAAGGUGCAGUCCGAGGUGCAUCAAACUGUACCAACAAACUGCACAUUUAGCAGCCGUAACGGCAGCUGAUGACGUGUUUAUACCACGCAGGCCAAGAGAAGUAUCCUCAGCAGACUAUUAUGUGAAUGUCCGUCCACUCCUUUCUCCGGUAUUUCUCCAACCCAGGUAGAACGGUAGACUGCAUCUUAGUUAGCAUUAAACAUUCACUGCCAACCUUGUGCUGGCUAUGGUAACAGACGUGGGAGGAUUUGGAGUCUGGGCAGUCACGACACCAUCUUCUGACUCUGUGGGUGAGCUUGAUACUCAGGAGACUGAAUUGGACGCUACAGCCCAGGGCCAAUUACUGCAGUGGAGUCUCGGCCUUAGGUUAAAGGUAACUCUCUGUCCGUCGCAGGUGUAGGUGUUUUCCUGAUCUCUAUCCAUGCCUUUGCCGUACACCCCACAGUUUCCCCAAACCUCUCUCAUCUUGACUCCUUGUCAAAGGGCUUUUAGGGAACUUCAUGUUCUGACAAUUUAACUAAUAAAACAAAAGCAAGCCCCGUGACUCCUGUGUCCUCGUGGCACCGCUCCGCAGGCAUCCUGCUGCCAGCUUGGCAGUGGUGCGGUCCUGCGAGCUCAAGGGCUUGCUCUCCAGGGCAUGUGCGCUGUGUUUUGACACGCUGCUUCCCCAGCUGAUGGGCUGUCAGCCACGGGCUGAGGCCAGCUUCUCCUCCCGACUCUGUGUUUGCCUCGGUUCACUGAUGCACGGCAUUUGGAAUUUACCAUCUGCAAAAGUUGCCUCUGCAUAUAUAGCAUCCUUGCUUCAGAGAAGAAGAGCCGGAGGGAGGGCCGAUGGUCUUGGCCACGGCGUUGAGAUUUCCAUCUGGCAAUUUUUAAGACAGGAACUGAUUCUUACUAUCCUAUUGGAUAACAUUUUCCAUUUCGAAGUUUGUGUCAAUAAAGUCAU